CGCGUGCGCAGUGGCGCGCUGAGCGCGGACGGCCCGAGUCGCGGGGCUGCGAACCGGAGCCCGGAUCCGGGUUGAGGUAGCCGGGGAGUCGCGGCGGCCGCGGGGCAGCGGGUUACCUCCGCCGGGCCGCUCAGCUCGAGGGGCAGGUACUGCCAGACUGUAAAUAUUAAAGAAGUGAUCCUGGGAGGGACUUAGGACCUACAGUACGAUGUUAAACGGGAGUCAUGAGAGCAGACAUCCUUGGCUUGUUCCAUUCAGUCUUUCAUCAUCAAGUCUGGUGAUGUUUCCAGACCAGAUGAAGCCCGAGGAGCCUCCAAGCGUUGAGAUACUCGGAUAGGAAAGCACGCACGCCUGGCUCUCAGCACCAUGUCAGGAGGCCCCCUCCCUUCUGCUGGAGGCCCCUUCUCAGCCCUGACUCCAAGCAUGUGGCCCCGGGAGCUCCUGGCCAAGCACGCACAGAAGGAAGAGUCAGGGGAGCAGCUGGAGCUCUGCUACGAUGAGUUCGGUUUCCUCAUGGAGAGGGCAGGUGGGGCUGACCCCAGUUCCAGGGCGCUGCCAAGCUUGCCUCUGGGGGAGGAUCCUCAGCAGAGACUGAGGUGGCAGGCCCACCUGGAGUUCACCCACAACCACGAUGUGGGGGACCUCACCUGGGACAAGAUCGCUGUCUCCCUUCCCCGCUCGGAGAAGCUCCGCUCCCUGGUGCGGGCGGGUAUCCCCCACAGCAUGAGGCCACAGCUGUGGAUGCGGCUCUCUGGGGCCCUGCAGAAGAAGAGGAGCUCGGAGCUGUCCUACCGGGAGAUCGUGAAGAACAGCUCUGACGACGAGACCAUCACCGCCAAGCAGAUCGAGAAGGACCUGCUCCGCACCCUGCCCGGCAACGCCUGCUUCGCCCGCGCGGGCAGCAUCGGGGUGGCCCGUCUGCGCAGGACCCUCCGCGCCCUGGCCUGGCUCUACCCGGAGAUCGGCUACUGCCAGGGCACAGGCAUGGUGGCCGCCUGCCUCCUGCUGUUCCUGGAGGAGGAGGACGCCUUCUGGAUGAUGUGUGCCAUCGUCGAGGACCUGCUGCCUGCCUCCUACUUCAGCACCUCCCUGCUGGGCGUCCAGACUGACCAGCGGGUCCUGCGCCACCUCAUUGUCCAGUACCUGCCUCGGUUGGACAAGCUGCUCCAGGAGCACGACAUUGAGCUGUCCCUGAUCACGCUGCACUGGUUCCUCACGGCCUUUGCCAGCGUGGUGCACGUCCGGCUCCUGCUGCGCAUCUGGGACCUGUUUUUCUACGAGGGCUCCCUGGUGCUGUUCCAGACCACACUGGGCAUGCUGCGCCUCAAGGAGGAGGAGCUGAUCCAGUCUGAGAACUCGGCCUCCAUCUUCAACACGCUGUCAGACAUCCCAUCGCAAAUGGAGGAUGCAGAGCUGCUGCUGGGUGAGGCUGUGCGGCUGGCCGGCUCUCUCACGGACAUGGCUGUGGAGACCCAGCGCCGCAAGCACCUGGCCUACCUUGUUGCAGACCAGGCCCAGCUCCUGGGGCCCAGCGCCCCCGGCAGCCUCUCUCAGGUUGUUCGGCGCAGGACCCAGAGGAGGAAGUCUGGCCUCAGCUCCCUGCUCUUUGGUGAGAACUCGGCUGCAGGUGCCGGUGGGCGGGUGGCCAUGGCAGGGUCCGUCUGGUGCCUCACAGGCUCCACUGUCAACUUCCCAGCAUCCUCUGCGGGGAAGCGGGCAGGGGUGGGCAGAGGAGGAUGGGCUUCAGGCAGGGCGGUGGCUGCCAGCUCUGCCGGCCUCCCAGGGGAAGAUGACCUGGAGGCACUCAAGGCCAAGAACAUCAAGCAGACGGAACUGGUGGCCGACCUCCGGGAAGCCAUCCUGCGCGUGGCACACCACUUCCAGUGCACCGACCCCAAGAACUGUGGCGUGGAGCUGACACCAGACUACAGCAUGGAGAGCCACCAGCGGGACCACGAGAACUACGUGGCAUGCUCACGCAGCCACCGGCGCCGGGCCAAGGCAUUGCUAGACUUCGAGAGACAUGACGAUGACGAGCUGGGCUUCCGCAAGAACGACAUCAUCACGGUUGUUUCUCAGAAGGACGAGCACUGCUGGGUGGGGGAGCUCAAUGGCCUGAGAGGCUGGUUUCCAGCCAAGUUUGUGGAAGUUCUGGAUGAACGGAGCAAAGAGUACUCCAUCGCGGGGGACGACUCUGUGACUGAGGGCGUCACGGACCUCGUGCGAGGGACCCUCUGCCCAGCCCUCAAGGCGCUGUUGGAACACGGACUGAAGAAGCCAUCCCUGCUGGGGGGCGCCUGCCACCCCUGGCUGUUCAUUGAGGAGGCUGCGGGCCGGGAGGUCGAGAGAGACUUCGACUCGGUGUAUUCCCGCCUGGUCCUCUGUAAGACCUACAGGCUGGACGAAGACGGGAAAGUCCUGACCCCAGAGGAGCUGCUGUACCGGGCUGUGCAGUCCGUGAAUGUGACCCAUGACGCGGCGCACGCCCAGAUGGACGUCAAGCUCCGCUCCCUCAUCUGCGUGGGGCUCAACCCUGUCCCCAGUGAGCAGGUCCUGCACCUGUGGCUGGAGGUGCUCUGCUCCAGCCUGCCAACCGUGGAGAAGUGGUACCAGCCCUGGUCCUUCCUGCGCAGCCCUGGCUGGGUCCAGAUCAAGUGCGAGCUCCGGGUUCUCUGCUGCUUUGCCUUCAGCCUCUCCCAGGACUGGGAACUUCCUGCCAAGAGAGAGGAGCAGAAGCAGCCCCUGAAGGAGGGUGUUCAGGACAUGCUGGUGAAGCACCACCUUUUCAGCUGGGACAUAGACGGGUGACGCGCUCCCUCCAGCAGCUCUGCGGGACCAGGCCUCCCCCACCCCAUCAGCUACCAAAGCAGGUCCCUCUCUCAAGCAGGAGAGAAACAGUGCCCCAGCUGGUCUCAUGCUGCCCAGGCCCACCGCAAACCCUGGGGUCAAGGGAAGGAGACCCUGGGAGGCCACGGGGCAGGAGUUGAAGUUGGAGUGCCCAGCUAACCUGUUCCUCCUGCGUGCCUAGGGCCCCAACUAUACUGUACCAACCAAAACCCUUAUGCAGGGAUGGAGAGCCAUGUUGGUUUGGUCAAGUCAAGUCUUUCUUUGCUCAGGAAGGGGAUAGGGAUGGGAUGGGCAGUUAAUGUCAGAUAAAGGCUCCUUGGCCUCUUCGGUUUGUAAAUAAA